UGGGGCGGGCCGUGUGACGAUGAUAAAGCAGAGUUAGCUCCGGCUUUCACCGGCAACACGCCACCGAAUAUCCUCCAGAAACGGCUGGAGAGUGUGUGAGAGAGUGUGUGUGUGUUGUGAGUGAGAGUGUGUGUGUGUUGUGAGUGAGAGUGUGUGUGUGUGGGUUUGAAUGCAUCAUGAGCUCGUAUUUUGAUGAACAUGACUGUGAGCCCACAGACCCUGAGGAGCAGUACAGACAGAAUGCGCUGCUGGAACUGGCUCGGUCUCUGAUGCAGGGUUUGGAUGUGGACUUUGGAUCUCUGGAUGUUUCCGAGUGGGAUCAGCGUCUUCCUCCUCCUGCGGCCAAAACUGUAGUGCAGAGUCUUCCUCUUCUCGUCAUAUCCCCACAGCAAGCAGAUAAAGGGCUGAAGUGUCCUGUUUGCCUGCUGGAGUUUGAGGAGCAGGAGACGGUGCGGGAGAUGCCCUGCAAACAUCUGUUCCAUUCCAGCUGCAUCCUGCCCUGGCUGGGAAAGACCAACUCCUGUCCUCUGUGUCGACUCGAGCUGCCCACUGACAACCCCGACUACGAGCAGUUUAAAAAGGAGAAGGACCGGAGGAGACAGAGAGAAUAUCGUCUGGAGGAUCUUCAUGGAGCCAUGUACACAUGACACACUCUUUACACGCAGGGAUUAAAUCAUGACACGCUGCCGUCUCUGAUGCACGUGAGCUGGACCAGGUUUAUAUACAGUGUACAUAUAAAUUAUGUUAAAGUGGGGUUUGUUUGAGCGUCUCCAUAUACAGAGUGAUUAUUAUCUUCUUGCUGUCCUGGAUGAUUUUAGCAUCAAAUUACUGAAAGCUUUUUUUAAAAUACAGAAAGUCAUACUUUGUGAAAUGGCGGCACGGUUCCGUCACGAUCCUGCUGUUUAUUUUUUAUGCUUUAACAGCAAAGAUUUAGAAUUGAAUUUUAUUGCUUGUACUAGAAUCACUGAGGAAAAUAAAAUUAUUAUAUAAAACCAA